UCAUAUGGACCGGAUAACUUCUUUCUAUGCCUUUGGUACUUGGAAAUCUCCUUGGAACUUCGAAGAAAAUUGUUUCCUCAAACUAGAGUACUGUUCAAAUCUUGUAUAAAUUGUGGUCAGAUCGCAGACCUGUGUUUUUGCAAAAUACAAGUUCUAUUUCCUUUCCUACGUUGUCUUCUGGUUCUUUCUUCUUUGUGUUCUGUUGCGAAUUUCAUCAGUUUUCAAUAAUCUGAAAUUUUACUGCAUACUUUAUUAUCCCCAGCAAAAAAAAAAAAGCUAUGGAUGAGAGGAUGAUAGAGGCUGCACAAACAGGAGAUAUUGACCUCUUGUAUGAGUUAAUUCAGAAUGAUCCAUAUGUUUUCCAGCGUAUUGAUGAUGUGCCUUUUUUCCAUACUCCAUUGCAUGUAGCAGCCGCUGCUGGCCGUGUUGAUUUUAUGAUGGAGAUGAUCAACUUAAAGCCAUCAUUUGCAAGAAAGCUAAACCAAGCCGGGUUUAGCCCCAUGCACUUGGCUCUGCAAGAUAACAGAACCCAAGCAGUGCUUCAACUCCUCAAGUUUGACAAAGGCCUUGUUCGUGUCAAAGGGAGGGAGGGUUUCACUCCUCUGCACCAUGUGGUUCAAACUGGAGAUGAUGAUCUUUUGAUCAAGUUCCUUAAGGUUUGUCCCGAGGCCAUUGAAGAUGUGACUGUUCGAAACGAGACGGUUUUCCAUCUUGCAGUAAAAAGCGACAUGUUCGAAACUUUCCAAGUCUUGGUGGGGUGGCUUAAGAGAAGCCACCAUGAGUCUGCCCAACGUUGGGAUAAAGAACUACUGAGUUGGGCAGACAUUGAUGGCAACUCUGUGUUACACAUUGCAGCUAUCAGAAACAGACCUCGGGUGGUAGAAGUAUUGCUGAAACACUUGCAUCGAUACCAAAUCAAUGCCAAAAAUUUGGAGGGACUGACAGCACUAGAUAUUCAAUCACAAUACCCAUGGAAUGAAAGGCAAGCGGAUAGGAUUAUAGAUAUGCUAAGCAAUGCUGGAGGUUUGAGUGGUUCCUCUUCCUUGCUACGAAAUACCUCCAUCUCUUCAUUCCGCAUCAAAUCUUUAAAAGAAAAAAUGACAUUUUUUGAAGAAUGUAAAAUCAUAGCACGUCGUCGAGGAAACAAGGGUAUACCACAUGAGAUGCGUAACAUAUUUCUAGUAGUGACCGUACUAAUUAUAACAACCACUUACGAAGCCUCUUUAAAUCUGCCAAAGACGCCUGAUGACAGCCCAUGUCCGUCGCUGAAAUACCAAGUCUCUUUAAGUCAAGAUCAGCCUCUCAAUUCCCACACAUUUUUGCAUAAAACCGACAUCAAUACUGCACCCAUACCCAGUCCCUCCGCAAAGGAAGUUUCGAAAGACGAUUAUUUGACAUUUGAAACCUCCUUGUUUUGGUUUUACAAUACUUUGACCUUUUGGGCCGCGGUGUUUUUAACAGCAUUUCUCCUGCCACGUCAUCUAUACUCUUCGUUGAUUCUCCUAACACUUGGCUUGUUUGGGAGAUCUUACAUGAUUUUAUUUAAGGUUUCCUCAUGGUCAUGGGAACAAUGUGAGUUUUCCGAUAAACAGGCACACCUUUUUUAUGUAGCCUCCGUUUGUAAUUUUUUAUCCUUGUUUGCGGUCGUUUUGCUAGUAGUACACCGGAUAUUGUCAUAUGUUUUAAGGAGCGGUGACAUUACCAAACCAAAAUUAUUCAUCCUCCUCCUACUAAGCGCUGUCACUUGGUACGUGGUUUUUUUCGGUCCCCUUCCUGCUUACUGGGUCCGUCUAAUCUAAACUCCGAAACAGUAACGAAGUUUUCCGGUUUUUAUUGGUAAUGGCCAUCGACAAAGAAGUUUGGUGAAUGUA